ACGUCUCAUCCGGUGGGGACGCGGUGGUGGCGGGAGUUUCCAACAUGGCGGUGCAGCCGAAGCAGAACCUGUCUAUGGACAGUGCCUCGGAACAUGGCUUCAUUCAGUUCUACUUUUCCAUGCCAGAGAAACCUGACACAACUUUUCGAAUAUUCGACCGCAACGACUACUACACCGUUCACGGCAAAGACGCCAUUUUCGCUGCGAAGGAGGUUUUCAAGACGAAUGGGGUCAUCAAAUACUUGGGCUCAGGUAACCGUAAAGUGGAGAGUGUGGUGCUCAGCAAGGCAAACUUUGAAGCCUUCUCCAAAGACCUGCUCCUGCUGCGCCAGUACAGAGUGGAGGUCUACAAGAACCACAGCAAGAACAGCAAGGAGCACGACUGGAAGAUCGAGUACAAGGCGUCGCCUGGAAACCUGACCCAGUUUGAGGAUAUUCUGUUCAGUGGUGGAAACGGGGCAGAAGGUUGUGCAGGAGUUGUUGCAGUGCGCUUCUCUACCGGUGCUGAUGGACAACGCGUGGUCGGGGUCGGCUAUGUGGAUGCAGCACAGAGGACGAUGGGCGUGUGCGAGUUCCCUGACAAUGAGAUCUUUUCCAAUCUGGAGUCUCUGUUGGUGCAGAUCGGCCCCAAAGAGUGUCUCAUCGUUCAGGGGGAGAACAACACGGAGGGGCUCAAACUCCGGGAGGUGGUCCAGCGAGGUGGGGUGCUGAUCUCUGAGAGAAAGAGAGCAGAGUUCAGCAGCAAGGACAUGGUGCAGGAUCUGAACCGGCUGCUCAGAGCCAAGAGAGGAGAGAAUGUGGCCAGCAGCACUCUCCCAGAGCUGGAUAAACAGGUGGCCAUGUCUUGCUUGGCAGCAGUGGUGCGUUUCCUUGAACUACUCUCCAACGAGUCCAACUUCAACUCCUUCAGUCUGACGUCACUAGAUUUGGGACUGUACAUGAGGCUGGAUAAUGCUGCUGUCAAGGCACUGAACCUCUUCCAGGGUUCUCCAGAAGACCUGACUGGAGCACACUCGCUGGCUGGCCUGUUGAACAAGUGUCGCACUCCUCAGGGUCAGCGACUGGUCAGUCAGUGGAUCAAACAACCACUGAUGGACAAAACGAAAAUAGAGGAGAGGCUGGAUCUGGUGGAGAGUUUUGUGGGCGACUCGGAGCUGAGACAGACCUGUCAGGACGAUCUCCUCCGGCGGUUCCCUGACCUCCACCGCCUUGCCAAGAAGUUCCACCGUCACUCUGCUACCUUGCAGGACUGUUACCGUGUCUACCAGGCGGUGAGCCAGAUCCCACCGCUCACCACCGCCCUCGAGAGACACUCAGGUAACUUCCAGUUCUUGUUGGAGGCCGUGUUCCUGUCGCCUCUCAGAGACCUGCAGUCUGACUUCAUUAAAUACCAGGAGAUGAUUGAGACCACCUUGGACAUGAACCAGAUUGACCAUCACGAGUUCCUGGUCAAAGCGUCCUUCGAUCCAGUCCUCAGUGAGCUGAGGGAGAAGAUGGACGCGCUUGAGAAAAACAUGCAGACUGUCCUGAGCAGCGCGGCCAGAGAUCUUGGUCUGGAUGCUGGCAAGACGGUGAAGCUGGAGUCAAACGCGGCGCUGGGCUUCUACCUGCGAGUCACCUGCAAGGAAGAGAAGUCUCUGAGGAACAACAAGAAGUUCACCACGCUGGACGUCCAGAAGAACGGCGUGCGCUUCACCAACAGCAAGCUGAGCUCCCUGAACGAGGACUAUAGCCGCAGCAGGGAGGAGUACGAGGAGGCCCAGAACGCCAUCGUGAAGGAAAUCAUCAACAUCGCGUCUGGUUACGUGGACCCUCUGCAGACACUGAGCGACGUCAUCGCUCAGCUGGACGCUGUGGUCAGCUUUGCCACGGCGUCCGUCUCCGCGCCGGUGCCAUAUGUGCGGCCGCAGCUGGUGGACGACGGGAAGCGGCGGCUGGUGCUGCACCAGGCGCGACAUCCCUGCAUGGAGACGGACGCCGACACCGCCUUCAUUCCCAACGACGUGACCUUUGUCCAGGGAGAGAAGAGCUUCUACAUCAUCACUGGACCCAACAUGGGUGGGAAGUCCACAUUCAUCCGCCAGGUGGGCGUCAUAGCGCUUAUGGCGCAGAUCGGCUGCUUUGUUCCCUGUGAGAAGGCGGAGCUUAGCUUGACUGACAGCGUCCUGGCCCGGGUAGGAGCUGGGGACAGCCAGGUGAAAGGAGUGUCCACCUUCAUGUCAGAGAUGCUGGAGACCGCCGCCAUCUUGAGGUCGGCGACAGACAAGUCUCUGAUUAUCAUCGACGAACUGGGCCGAGGGACGUCCACCUACGAUGGCUUCGGUCUGGCCUGGGCCAUCAGUCAACACAUUGCGGUGGAGAUCGACUGCUUCUGUCUGUUCGCCACCCACUUCCAUGAGCUGACGGCGCUGGCUGCCCAGCAGACCACCGUCCACAACCUGCACGUGACCGCGCUGACCACUCACGACACGCUCACCAUGCUGUACCGGGUCAAGCCAGGUGUGUGCGACCAGAGUUUUGGGAUCCACGUGGCAGAGCUGGCUUGUUUCCCGCCUGCAGUGGUUGCCAUGGCGAAGGAGAAGGCCGAGGAGCUGGAGGAGUUUCAGGAGCCGGUCGGAGUGGAGUCCCAGGUGGGGGAGGAGCCUGAGGCCAAGAGACACCGGUCUGACAAACAGGUGGGUGAGGAGCUGAUUCUGGACUUCCUGGCCAAGGUGAAGUCUCUCCCUGCUGCCUCCAUGACUGACGAGGAGGUGAAGGCCACGCUGAGGAGCAUGAGAGAUGAUCUGGCUGCCAAAAAAAAUGUGUACGUUGGUGAGAUCCUUGCACGAUGUGCUUGGCUCAAAUAACCAUUUUCUCAUGGUGUUUCUUAAA